AUGCGUAGUUGCUGGGAGAGAAUAUUGUCAGAUUCUUCGUCCACUCUUCCACCAGAGCACAAAGCCUCAGUUGGCCAUGGCGGUCACAGAAUCGACGCUGGGAAGAACUUAUGGAAGGGUCAUACUGUCAAGAUCGAUAACGCGACUACGGACGUAGUAUGGGGCCGUGCCAAUUUUGACCAGAAGAUUUUGACGAGUGCACGCAGCGGUGCACUCAUCAUGUGGGAUAUAGGCAAGAGUGGUGCAUCUAAAUUUGAUGGAGACCUUCGCGUCUGGGAUUUACGAGACAUGGCCAAAUCUAUCACCCGUAUCCACCACCCGACUUCUGUCCGCGCCGUCAGCUUCUCUCCGGACUCGCACAACCCUGUGCAAGCCGUCGUUGGUCUGGACAAUGGCAGUAUCUAUCGUUUCUUGGGCUAUAGUUGGGAUCUGAAAAUGGCGCAGCGAGGCCAACUCGACCGUAUACCUGUUGCCCAUUCUGGCCCCAUUCUCUCAUUGGAUUGGUGUGCAGGUUCAAACAUACCGUCCCAGGGUGCUAUCUCCAGCACCUUUAGUGGCAUGACCAGUGUUUUCGCUGAAUCGACGGCAACGGGGACCACAGGCAACUCUGGUUCGAGUCGCGGAUGGGUUGUCAGUGGUGGCCUCGAUCGUAUGGUCAAAGCAUGGGACAUGACGACGCCUGGAAAUCUGUCUCACAUAUCCUACGUCCCUGCGUAUACGCUCUCCGUUUCGUUUCCCGUGCGCAGGGUGCUUUGGCGCCCGGGAUAUGAAUGCGAAGUUGCUGUCGUCUCGAAUUGGGAAUCUGGGAUUGGUUCGAAUCAGGAUCUGAGUGCGUCUGGGAGCGAGAAUGGUGCCGUAGCUGAAGGGGAGAAUGAUGUGGUAGCGCCAGUUCCUACCCGAGUGGGCGGUGAUACAGGUGACGCGGUAGAGAUUUGGGAUGUCAGGCGUGGAUACAUAGCUAAAUGGGCAGUGGGGGGCUCAGCCGUUGAAGGCGGCGUCACUGAUAUCGCGUUUGCGGAUUCACAUGCUCUCUGGGCUCAGCAUUCCUCUGGUACAUUUUCGCAACUUGACCUUCGACACUCAACGCGUCCGUUGGAUUUGAUUCCUCGUGUCGCUGUAACAUGGGAUGCUACUGGCACUCUCGCUUUCGUGUCAGAUAAGAGGCUGCGAUGGGAGGUUCCCUAUGAUGACAUUGAUCCUGCCAAAAUUCCAGUCCUGACUGAGCGAAGUGAACGUCCAAAGGCACUCGGAGAUGGAUCAUACAAGUCAACGUCUCAAAACUUCGGGACUUAUGGAUAUGAUCAUUCUCCUGAGGAUCUUGAUGCCUUUGAGAAGCUAGCUAGAGGUCGUGUCCAAGCUGCCCAAACUUGGAUGCUGCUCCAAUCUUUAUUGAUACCUCCCACCCCCACUCCGUCUCCAUCACGCCCACCGUCACCAGCUCUGUCCCCUCUACCGAUGAUAUCUCCGGCUCUUCCACAUUCUGCCUCUGCUCCUGCCGCAGUCCCCAGUGAACAGUCCAGGACAUUCGCCGCGUCGUGCAACCCCGCCACCGCGCCCAUCUUCGUCGGACUCACCUUCACCUCACUCUGUGGCGCCUAUACCUGCAUCUCUAUCAACGGCUAUCUCAAGCCCGCAUACUGUUUCUUCUCCAUCCCGUCCUUCCUCCAUCUUCACCCGUCGGUCGUCUGGUGCAAGCUUCACCCCACUCAGGUCACGUGUUCCGUCAUUCCGACGUCCGUCAAUUUCGUCUCCAUCGCCGACGCAUCUCAGCGAGAGUGUUGGGUCACUUGGAGCGUCGGGGAUGGCGCGUUGGACGAUUCAGAUUCAAGUAAUAGCAGUAAGGGAGGUGGAAGCGGGAGCGAUGACGGCCACCACAUUGCAGAAACCGCGGAUCGACCGCCUGGUCUCAUAUUAUCGCCUACAGCUAUAUCAUUUCACCGGCUCUCGACUGGUACGCCAAAUCCGAGUCCGCUCUCGCGGGUAGCAGGACAGCAUGUUCUGACAGAAGAUGAGCGCGAGGAUGAGAAGGACGACGAGGGAGACUCGCCGUCACCUGCAUCAACCGAUACGGGGUCGAAUAGUUCGAACGAAGAGGGCUCUGCGCGUUUGAUUUCUUCUAGGAAGUCGUACAGCGUGCAACGCUCCAAGUCGAGAUCACAAACACGAUCAAGGAAAGGUUCCAUGAUCCGCGCGAAGGCGAGAAGCAGAAGUACGACCUUGGCAGUUCCGAUCCCAGUAUCAACUCAGCCACGGGGGCAUCAUGCAUUGGUGAAACAGGGCUCUGCGAGCAGUAUGCGGACUGUGACAGCAGAGGACACAUCUUUCAGAGAGAACGAGCAUGAACACAGAGGAGCAAUUGAGGAGGUGAGGGAGCGUAUGAGCUUCCGUGGAGGAGCUUUUGUGGAAGGAUCGUCUGGCGCUCGAGGCCACAGGGGGGCGUCUAUUGCAGCGGGCAGCUUGUUGAGCACUAGCUCGAUCAGAGGAAGGCAGAAUGCGAAUAACAACACUAAAAGAACCAAGCAAACUGAAGAGAUACGGGAGCAGGAAAGGCGAUUGACUCAAGCAGCAUGGGCAGCAGUCAGAGCUUUGCUGGAGUGGUAUGCGGAGGAAGGAGACAUGCAGAUGUGUGCUCUGAUGGCACUUGUUGCGCAGGAGGAACUAGCUGUGAGCAAACAAAGGCUAGUAAUGUUUGUUGAGGGGUACAUUGCUUCAGACGAUAGUUUUUUGGACCUCCUUCCUUUCGGUAAAUAUUCAAAGCAGCACGCAUCUCCCAGUCAUCUCCCGGUACGGGCCAUGCUGUUUCAGUGCCCUGUCUGCUCCCAUGGCGGACACCAAGAGUGCUACCGCCGGUACCAUGCGGAGCAACCGAUGCUUGAAGUCCAUAUGCCACCCUCUCCAUCAUUGAGUGAAAUCGGACUGCGCGGACGAUCAUUAUCGAGAAGCGGUACUGAAAUGGCAGAAGACGAAGGCAGCAAUUCUACGGAUGGAAAGUUUGAGGCUUCAGGUCUCCCUACCCCUGCUACGCUUGCACAAACGCGGCGAUUAAUGGGGCAUCCGUGUGCGGCUGGAUGUGGACAUUACUGCUGGAUGGCAAACGAGAGAGUGGAAGAGGUGCUGUGA